AUGGCCACCCAAGUGCCUGCCCACGCGCACGAAGACUUCCUCCGGUUAUUCCACAGUCGGGAAGCAAAGCUUCGUGGAAAACCCGCCGUAGAUGCUCUCAACAAUGCACAGCAUGCGGCGCUACGCAAAAAGCUCGAGUCGAUACAUUUCAUACCUCCAGUCUGGUCUCUCGCAACCCAGAAGGGUGUUGUUGAUACCGCAAAGAGAUGGGAGAGCAGAUACUGCAACGAUCAAAACCUCGGAGACUGGCAAACCGUGCUACUCGAAGCUGGUGAGAGCAUCAAGUCGAUUGCUAUGGACUUCCUUCUUUGGAUAUGCGAGAGGAGCGCGGUGAGAUCCUAUGGGACUACCUGGGUCUACUUUCGACAAUUCAAGCAGCUGUUCGUGCUCUGUACACGCAAAACAUUUCCUCAAAUUGUCACGCUAGAACUUCGCAAGUGGCACAAGAAGAUUCUGGUUCCACGCUUCAACUUGCAACCCCCGAACUUCAGAGAUCAGCCAGUGCUGGAUGCCGAUGAUCUCCAUGCACUCCUCAUCUUCAACAUCGCUUUCGAUCGCGGCACUUUCCCGAAUGAGCGUCAUCCAAUCCUGACACUUCCAGGGAUCUGCCAGGCUCUGUCAGGGACUGGUGCACGACCAGCAGAGUUUGUGUACAAUGAGAAGAAGAUAAUUGACAGAGGGAAGGUCACACGGUUGUCCAAAGCCUUUGAUACCGAAGAAGAAAUGGAAGACGACGAAGCCCUGGAUGAGGACUCGAGAAAGCUCAGAGACCUCUUGACCCAAGAGACCACCGGACGAGGCCGGCCGAAGUGCUUGUGCUAUGAGGAUAUCAACCUGAUGGUCGUCAGAGAUCCAGUAGGUGGGGGAAACUCACUCGCAACGCAAGUGAAGUUGAUACAUCACAAGGGAGUAGAUCGGAAGCCGAAGCCAACGAUAUACACGUUCCCACAAGCGAAGCGCCCUAUCUUCUGCUUUAUCAAUACGAUCAUCGUCUCGGCCAUUGCGGAUGGUGCCUUCGCAGCAUCUGCGAUAAAAAGCCCUGCCCAGGUCUACCAGUUGGAACCAAAGGCCAACCAGCAUGCGCUUCCCCUUCGAUGGAAGCGAGAAUGGCUCAAGCGCCCAGUCUUUCGGAGCUGCAAGUCAUCGCCUGAGGACCAGGACACACCGCUGCCCUAUAGCAAACUUUGUUCCGACCUAAAGAGACAAUCUCUAGAGGCAGGUUUCGAGAAUCACAUCACCCCAAGAGCAUUCCGCCGAGGAGUUUCAAAUGCUGUCAAUGGUCAAACCUCGGAUGCUGUACGAGACCAGAUCAUGCGACACGAUCCAAAAUGGGCAACAUUCAAUAGUGCUUACAUCAACCAGCGGGUUAAGUUCGACGUCCAAAGCGCAUUCUUGAAUGAGCCUACCGAGGACAGUCUCAUCGAACUACUAGGACAUAUGAGCCUUACAAAAGACCCGGCAGCCCGGCGAUAUAUGGUCCCUCAGGAUGUAUGGGACGCGCUGCCUAUAGACCCGGAGAUUCUCGCCCUAGAGAACAGAAGAGACCAGCUCAAAGACGGCCGAUACGCCAUUCAGGACCAUCCUCAGCAGGACUAUACGGAAGAAUUCUGGACAUUCAAGAAGUUCUCGAUGUCCCAGGGGUGCUACAGCGCGAAGACGGUGUGGUGCUGGAGUUCCUCGUCAUCUGUGACUGGAUGCAAGGGGUUGGAUUUGGUCAGGCUUACUUUCGUUUCUUCACACAGCUGGUUGCCGGAAUUCCAUUUAAUAUUGAUAGGGUCACGAAUGGCGAUGUUCAUGAUUCUUACAACGAAGUGA